UGAUGAAUUUGUUUUCAGAAGAAGAUGAUCUCUGAAUCCCAAUGGACUCUGUUGAGAUCUUAUGCCGGAUAAAUGAUAACAGCCCAAACUUCGUAGUAUUGGGUGAGAGAGAAGAACACAGAAUUAGAUUCAAAUAGAAAAAACUGUACUACUUCAGAACUCAUUAGAGUUAUCUGUGAAGGAAUAGAGUCAAUCAAUAGGGCUAUUAAUCUGAUCGACUUGUCUUAAAAAUGAAACUAUAUUCUAAGGAUGGUAUCCUUGUGACUGAUAGUGACGUAAACUAUAUAAGAAGCCAGGACAUAUUCUACCUCGAUCUUAUUGGACAGGAGUUCAACUUCGCUCAGAUACUAGAUCAGUACAUAAAAGUGUGUCAAGUCGGCCUUUCUGGAACGGUUUUUAAAUUAAAUAAAAUAGGAACUAAGGAUUAUAACGUUCUAAAAAUUAUUCCUUUUAACGAUUUUCAUGGAGAUAUUGACAAAUUCAUUGAUGAGAUGUUCGAUAAGAUCUAUCCACUCAAAAUGCUAGAGCAUCGGAAUAUUAUCAAGAUAAACAACCUAAUAAAAACAAGGGACGAAGCAUGGAUCAUAACUGAAUAUGCAGGUGAUAGGAACUUGUCAGAUUACCUCCAGAAUACUUGGGGUAAAGGAUUAAGAGAGAUUGAAGCAAGGUUUUUGAUCCUCCAGCUCUUACAGUGAAUUAGCUACUGCCAUCAGAAAGGAAUCGUUCAUGGAAAUUUAUCAAAUAAAAAUAUUUUAUUAUCCGAGUCAUAUGAUCAUUUCCAAUUCUCAGAUGAAUUUGCUUCCGACAAUGAUGACUCAAAAGACGAAGAUGAAAAACAUGAGCCUAAGAAUGAACACUUAAAUGACUUCUAUGGAAUCACUUUAAAGAUAACUAAUUUUCAAUGCCAAAAUUGUGAAUAUUCAGGCAUUUUCUCACCUGCAAAUGAUACUCAGCAAUUCUGAGCUCCAGAGUCAUUCAGAUUGAAGAAGGUGAAAGACAAGAAGCUAUGUGAUCUCUGGUCUAUUGGAGUGAUCCUCUACUCUAUGAUUUUCAACAAGUAUCCUUUUGAUAGGAAUGGAGGAGCCAACCAUGAAAAUUUAUCAAAGGAAACACUGAAAUUCUCUUCCAAAGUGAUCAUUACUGAAGAGCUAAAGGAAGUGCUCAAAAGUCUGCUCUGCAAGAAGCCUGAAGAACGUCUGAGCAUCUCCAAAAUUUUCCGCAUGCCUUGGUUCGAGUUCUCUGAAGAAGAACUUCAGAAAAAGGUGAAAGAAAUUCAAGACCAAGAGGAUGAAAAGAGGAAAAGAAAAGAGUAUUUAGCUAGGAAAGCUGCCUUAAGAGGAAAUAAAUUUUUAAAUGAUGCAGGUGAAGUCGUUGUUAUGAAUAGAAACAUGAACAAAGAUCUCAGAGGAGAUUUAUUGUACAAGGAAUACUCUAGCGAUGAGGAUAUGCAAGAUGAUGAGAAGCCCUAUCACUAUACUUCACCAAAGUUUUCUUCUAGUUUUAAGAACAAAUUAAGAGACACAAGCUUGCAGGAGGGAAAAGUCAUCUUAGUAUGAAAAAUAAUUAACAAGCCCAAGAGACCAAUCAGGAAUGCUCUUUCUGGAGAUAAUGAGCUCAGAAAGAAGAAUAAAAUGACACAUAUACAUAUCAAAGACAAAAAUACUAAUUUCUCAAGAGUGAACAAAUUUUAUAACAAGAAUGACAAAAACUUGAAAGGAGAAUUUAGGAAAGUUCAUGUAUUGAAGCCAUUAACAAAGAAAUCUGGAAGCCAUAAUCUUCACCUCAAAAGAGGUAAUUCAAAUCUCCCGCCUAAUGAGAAUUAUUUAUUCCCUCACACUAAAACAGACGGAUUCUACAAAAGAUCUGAUACAGUGUAUGAAAAUUCAAGCGCUUCUACCCAAUUUUCUAAUGGAUAUGGAGGAGUAAGUAGUGACUACUCCAAAACCCCCCAUAUAUCUCAAGAACUCAAGUCCAAGCUUCCCUUAUCCAAGUGAAUGAAGCUAGGAAUUAACAAAGACGAACUAGAAUGAGACUCGAAAGCUCUACCAUUGAAGAGAAAAGUUACAAUCGAUGCCAAAAGACGUGGAAAUCUUAGACUCAGUAAAAUUCCAAAAUAA